UAUGCUGUUAAUUUUUUUUUAUAAAAAAUGAAAAAAAAAGUUAUUUUCCAGAGCAAUAAGUGCAACUGCUACAGAAAGUAAAUUACUUUUAUUACAUAUAUUAACCAUAAAAUAAAAGUUGAAAUCUGUAAAAGGCAACUUUCUGUUCUAAUAGUAAAACUUGCUGUCAUAUUAAAGUAAAAAUAACCCUUUAGUUAUUCUGAAGAUAUUGGGGGUUUUGUACACAGGUUUAUAUCUAAUUUUAACAAAAGAAUCUGUAAAAUUACUUACGGUUGUUUACUGUUAUUUGACGGUAAGUGUUUGUCAACUUUUGCUGCCAUUGUUUACCUAAUAUAUAUUUGUACUUUACUGUCUAGGCUAUAACCUAACUAGGGACGCUUCAAUGAGUAACAGCAAUACAAUUAAUUACUAUUACAACCAUUGUUAUCUUCGUAAAAAAAAUUACUAUUAUUAGCCUAUUUAAUAUGAUCCAGUCAUUGACGGUCACACAAUAGAAAUCGUUUACAAGUGAGCCCAAAAGAGUCAUAAAACACAAAGAAAAUCACUGCAAAUCAGUGAUUUAGCUCAAUAAAUAAAACAUAAACUCCUGGAUUAUUAUUUUUGUUAUUAUUAUUAUUAUUAUUAUUAUUAUUAUUAUUAUUAUUAUUAUUAUUAUUAUUAUUCUACAGUCAUUUGUCAUGGUGGUGAGCUCGAGGCUAUUAUUGGAAAGUUACGUCACGGCACAGUGGAGCGCGCCUCUCCCUGUCAGUGCAACAGAACAUCAUAAUCAGCGCUGGUCGCGGAGAUCUGCUGGUCCCUCCUUCUCCCAUAUGGACCGGAACCACGCAGCGCCACCACGUGACCCCGGAGCUCUGGACUGAACGAGCACCUCACACCGCAUCAUGGCUGCGGAGGAUGCGGCCGCGCGGUCCCGAACCGGAGCCCUGCUCUGCUCCCGCGGGGCUCCGCUCUCUCCUUCCCGCCUGCUGCUGCUCUCCUUCGCCGCCUGCUCUCUGCUCCCCGCCCCGGCGCUCGGCUUGCUCGGCUUUCGGCCGGAGGAAACCGGAGCGGAGCUGUCCGUGGCGGACGGGGUGCUGAAAACCACCGAGGGGACCCGCUUCAUGCUGCGGGUUUAUUACUCCACCUCCCCGCAGAGGCUCAACCGCACCGCGGCGAGUCGCGCCAACAACGCCGCGCCCUGGAUCGCGUUCAUCGAGGAGCCAACUCCCGGACGGGAGGGACAAGUUCACCCGAAGCGGAACAUGUGCAUGGACAAGACCGCCAGGACGUCCGACAUCGAGGUUUUAGGAUCUUUCAAGUCUGCCUCCAGUCAGAACUCGGUGCUGGUGGAGCUGCUGGCCAAGGACCUACGGAGGGGGGAGAAGAUCAAGUACUACUCCAUGUGCGCCUUUGACGGCUCCAAGUGGGAACACUACCGGACGAGGGAUUUCUGGGUGGCCGUGGUGGAGCGCUCGGCUGUCCCGGAGCUCUGGCUGCAGGUGCUGGUGUCCGUGUUGCUGCUCGGGCUGUCGGCUCUGUUCAGCGGGCUGAACCUGAGCCUGCUGGCGCUGGACCCGGUGGAGCUGCAGGUGCUCCAGAACAGCGGCACCGACAAGGAGCAGAACUACGCGCGGAAAAUCGAGUCCGUUCGUCGACACGGCAACUACGUCCUGUGCACUCUGCUGCUGGGGACCGCGAUCAUUAACGCCUCGCUCGCCGUGUGGAUGUGCCAGAUCCUGGGCAUGACCUGGCUCUCCACGGUCAUCUGCGCCUUCGGCAUCUUUUUCAUCGGGGAAAUCCUCCCACACUCGGUGGCGUCGCGCCACGGUCUGGCCAUCGCCUCCAAAACCAUAUGGGUGACGCGGCUGCUGAUGGUGCUCUCCUUUCCCAUCUCCUACCCCAUCAGCAAGCUGCUGGACCUCAUCCUCAACCAGGAGAUCUCAAACUUUUACACCAGGGAGAAACUCCUGGAGGUGCUGCGCGUCACAGACCCGUACCACGACCUGGUCAAAGAGGAGCUCAACAUCAUCCAGGGCGCACUGGAGCUGCGCACCAAGACCGUGGAGGACGUCCUGACGCCGCUGACGGACUGCUUCAUGCUGUCCUCGGACGUGGUUCUGGACUUCAACACCAUGUCUGACAUGAUGCAGAGCGGCUACACGAGGAUACCGGUGUAUGAGAACGAGCGGUCCAACAUCGUGGACAUCCUGUUCGUGAAGGACCUGGCCUUCGUGGACCCGGACGACUGCACCCCGCUGAAGACCAUCACCCAGUUCUACAAACACCCGCUGCACUGCGUCUUCAACGACACCAAGCUGGACGCCAUGCUGGAGGAGUUCAAGAAAGGGAAGUCCCACCUGGCCAUCGUGCAGCGGGUGAACAACGAGGGCGAGGGCGACCCUUUCUACGAGGUGAUGGGCAUCGUCACGCUGGAGGACGUCAUCGAGGAAAUCAUCAAGUCAGAGAUCCUGGACGAGACCGACCUCUACACUGACAAUCGUACGAAGCGCCGUGUUUCUCACCACGAGCGGAAGCAACAGGACUUCUCCAUCUUCAAACUGUCGGAGAACGAGAUGAAAGUGAAUAUUUCUCCUCAGCUCCUCCUGGCAACUCACCGCUUCCUGUCCACAGAGGUGGAGCCCUUCAAACCAGCUCACAUCUCGGAGAAGAUCCUGCUGAGGCUGAUCAAACACCCCAGCGUGGUGCAGGAGCUCAAGUUCGACGAGAGGAACAAGCGAGCGCAGCAGCACUUCCUGUUCCAGCGCAACAAACCGGUGGACUACUUCAUCCUGGUCCUUCAGGGUCGAGUUGAGGUGGAGUUCGGCAAGGAGGCGCUAAAGUUUGAGAACGGAGCUUUUUCUUACUUUGGGGUUCCUUCCAUCAUGCCAGCAGUGCACAGAUCCCCGUCUCGCAGCAGUGGCUUGGACCGCUCUGAGUCCAUGCUAUAUGGAGGGAGCAUGGGCCAGCUGAACGGAGGGGGGAACGUCUACCUGCCGGACUACUCUGUCAGACAGCUUACGCAUCUGCAGAUCAUCAAGAUCACCCGCAGCCACUACCAGAAUGCUGUCACAGCGACCCGGAUGGACAGCUCUCCUCAGACGCCCGAUGCCGACGCCCGUCUUGCAGAAGGCACCACCCCGACCCCGGAGCCCCCGGCUGCAGAGCACGGCGCCACGCUGAUGCCCCCUGACCACAGCACCACCUCCUCCACCACCACCGCCACCCUCAUGCCCCCGCCCAGGGAGACUGGCCGGCCCAGCUCGGCCCGGUCCAGAGGACAGCAGUCCAGCGUCCCACACAGCACCUCGCUGCUCAACGAGAAGAACCGCAUCGUCCGCAGCAAGUCUGACGGCCAGAAGAGUCCCAGCGACUCCGUGUUUCUCAGGAUGGAUGAGAUCCCUUACAUCAGAGAGGACAGAUCUGAGACAGAUGCACACACUGACAUGGCCUCUGUUCCCAUAGAGACGGACACGUCUCCUUUCAUCAGUAGCCUGUCUCUGAGCGGCUCGGAGGACACACUGGGCAAGAAACUCCUGCUCAAACUCAGUCACAAGAAGAGGAAAAAAUCCCGCGAAGGAGAGAAGACACCAGAGGACAUUUCAGAGCAGCCACUGGUGAAAACCUAGCAGAGAGUUUGUGUGAUCGGACCUGAACACUCCAUCAUCUGAUGGUUCUUUAAGUCGUUUGUGAAGAGGAUUUGGUUGGUGAACUACGACUAUCAGAGUUUUAUCUGAAAGACCAAACACUCCAGACACACCCCGCUGUAAAGUGGGCCCAUCACCAGGAAUAACUGAACACAAAACAAAACAGCUUUGGCAAUAUGCAUUACACUGUAGCUUCUCAUCUUCACAGGUUUUUCAUGCUGAUGCUUGUAAAUAAAAGGAAUGACUGCGAAUGUAAAAUGUUUGUAGAAAAAAAUAAUUAGUUUUUUAUACACUAUAUACCCUGCUCAUGUGAUCACUUCUCCCACGGAGCUGAAGGAAUUGGAUGGAAGACACCAAAGAUGUUGCUGUUUUUUGUACAUACUGCUCCAAACUGCACUGGGGACAUUUUCAAAAGAGCAGAAGUCAACUGGCUGCUUUGUGUUCAUGCUUUUACUUUGAAAGGUUGCUUGAUUAAUGCUUGUUUACCUGCCAAUUAGAUCUGUAGUCUAACAUGUUGGUGUAGAAAUGCAUUCUUCUUCUUUUUGCCUUUUAUUUAUGUAUAAACAAGCGUUUUAUAUCCAGAUUGUGUCUGGAUGUCAGUUUUUAAAAAAUUUCUAAAUUAUAAAUUGGCACACAUAUCGAAGUCCAUAACGUGGCCUAAAGUUUGUGGAUAUUUCCAGGUUCGGGCCCUUACUAACAAUGAAAGCAAGUUUUAAAGCAACAGCAUUCAAUUAUAUUUUAAACAUCAGUGGAUUAUUUGCAUCAAAAGUUUUUGUAAGUUAGUUUCAGGAUGUCAGAAAAAAAAAAUUUCUCUCCGUUUUAUCACAGCUAAAGGAUCCAGAUGACCCACAUGAUCCUACAAUCAUGUGGGUCAUGGGGGCCCCCCCACGGGGGGCCCCAUGCAGAGGUUUAUGAUUGGCCCCUAAAGACAAUCAUGUUCAACAGUUUACUUACUGACUUAUAUCACUGACAAGACGUUAAGAAGUUUUAUGGAUUUACAUGAUAAAUAAAUGUAUUGUUUUCAUUAAAACGCAUUUCAGGUUGUCAUCUGAUUCCCGACCCCGCUGUUAUUGUGAAAACCAUGCAGCUGAAACCAUUUUUACAUAAAAGUAGGGGUCAGAUGUGUAGAAAAUACAAAAUGUAAAGCAAACUUAAGCCAGCUCAGCUUUAAGUGAAGAUACUGGUACUACUACUGGGGAUAAAUAACACUCUAAACAAGCAAAAUUUUGGCAAGGGGAUAAAAAGGCAUUUUUUCACAAUGGUUUAUUUACAUUUUUUCUGCACCCGGAGUCCCUAAACAGUUUGUGAACUGCACAAGUCGGGUAUGAAUGGAAAGCUGAGACGCCAAAUCUUCCUCGUGUGAUGAUGUUAGUCAGUGAAACUUGAGCUCAGUGUAUAAAAUGAGCUGCUGUGACCUCCAGGAUCAUCACAGCCUCAUUAAACUUUACAACCACAAACUAGAGACCUAGAGCACUCAGAGGAUAGAUGGCUGAGACACUAGAUUCACAAUAAGGGGGUUAAAUUGCUCGACAUCCAAUUGCCAAAAACUGCAAUUAUUGCAGAAAUCUCAAAAUGUUUUGAAACCAGAUCAGAGCAUGGAAAUCUUUCUAUGUUGUUUCUCAAAGUCUUGGUGUUUUAAUCUGGAAUUCUGGGGGAUUUUUGACUUCUUCUUUUUUUGAGUAGGUGUGGAUGAGGGGCCCAAUUUGGACAUUUUUGUCCCCCUUUCUAUGAUUCCUAACAACUGGACUGCAGCUGAACACUUUAUAUUCAAACAGCAGGCUGACUGAAGAAUCUGACCUUGUGAAUUAACAACAAACAGAUUGAAUUUGUAUAGUUGAUCAGGUUUUAUGUUGCUUGUUCUGCUUUGUGGUGACAAUCACCAUUAUAAUGUAUCCACUGAUCCUGAAAC